AUGCCCGGCGCGGUAUACUUUAAAAGGCUGAAACUACCGCACGACUUUUGUGAAGCCUUUCCUUGCCAAAAUAAUGGGACGUGUAAGAUUCUUGACCGCGCGCCUGGGUUUGAAUGUUCUUGUCCCACUGAAUACAGCGGAGAAAAAUGCGACAGUGAGUAAAUGAAAUGCAAACAUGCAGCAUUUUUAAAUUAACCAUUAGUAAUGCUCCCACGAGUAGUAAAAGGGAUUACACUAUAAGGACACGUUUGCCUCGUUCUCAGUUUUCUGAGUCGUAGAAGCAUGGGUGAGAGUAACAGUGGUUCUGCGUUGACUCUUUAAAAGUCACGAUAACUUGAAGCUUAGCCAAAGGCGCUUCUUCCUUUUGAAUGAAAAUGUAAAAAAUUCCCGCUAACCUUUCCAGGGUGACCAAACGCAGCCCUCCUUUUUCGAAUUGACCAUCAGUAAUGAUAACUAAAAUGAAAAUGGCGGUGAUAUUGAAAACGACUAAAACAAUGAUAAAUGUAAUAUCGAUAAUGAUGAUGAUGGUGAUGGUGGUGGUGAUAACGACGAUGAUGACAUUCUAUACUUACACAAAUUAACUGAGACCCUUAUUUGUAGUCCCAUUCUUAAAAAUGAAAGCAGAUAAAAGAUAUUAAAGCCCCUGUUUUAAUCCCCUUAAUCCACUUUGAUUGUCUCUUCUUCUGUCUUUGAUCUGGGGAGAUUAUAGACCCUUCAGUCCUCUGAAGCAGAAAUUAGCUGAAGCUUAUGAUCAGUGUGAUAUAACGGUCCAGAGUGUUCAUAAAGUAGUACUUCCUGUAAAACAACUAUUCUGUGUUCUAGCUAAAUUGUAGAUUAUCGACUAGCCUGCGCGCAGACGUCUCUUAUUUCCUUUGGGAGACGUCUGCACACAGGCUACUAAUCGACGAAAUGACUUUUUUGCAGCAAAUGUGGAGCAUACAGGAACGUGCUCUUAAAGCAAUCGUAAUUCUCGUCAUUAUCUUUUUAGUUUGCAAUCCUUCCUCUCUGGGUCUGAGUAACCAUGAGCUUUCUGAUCUAAACUUCAACGCUUCAUCAAGCUUCAGUCCUUUCGCGCCUCGUGAUGCGAGGCUGUACGCGAACACAUCCUGGGCUAACGAAGGGUACUCUUACUCUAGUGAAGAAUUCCUCCAGAUUAGUUUCCACCCCUACUCAAAGCUUAUUACAGGCGUGGCUACUCAGGGAAACCCUCAUCACGAUUGGUGGAUUUAUCGUUACUAUCUCCAGUAA